AUGAGGUAUAUAAGGAUUAAUCAUCUUAUUUCCUUACCCAGAUGCGAAGAUGGUGGAGGCGGCGCGGCGACAGGGGCGGGCGGGCGUACAGCAUCAUUGCGGCUGGCCAACGGGCGAGUGGCAGCGCAGUCGGCGGAGCAACUACCGCACUCGCCCGCGGACUGCGCCUCCGUGCGCAUAUCCAUCGACAACACAAACACUUGCUGCACAGACUCACUCGUCACGGCGCUUGAUGACGAGACUCUGUUACUCGGU